AGCAGGGAGCAGCCAGGCAGGGCCUGCGUGUCUGGUGCAGGGCGGAUUGAGAGAGCCAGGGAGCGGGGGGACACGGCGGGCAGCGGGCGAGGGAAGGGCUGCAGGUGCUGUUGUGUGGGGUUCUCUGAGGCUCUGUCAGGAUCCCCCGCAGCGUCCUGCGCUCGCAGUUCUCUCUAAAUGUUGAGAGAGCUGAGGGUGUUUAGCCUGGAGAAGAGAAAGUUUCAUGGAAACCUUCGACCCCCUCCCAGUGCCUAAAGGGGCUCCAAAAGAGAUGGAGAGGGACUUGGGCAAGGACAGGGAGAGGGGGAAUGGCUUCCCAUUGACAGAGGGCAGGGUUAGGUGGGAUACUGGGAAGCAGUUCUUGACUUUGAGGGCGGUGAGGCCCUGGCACAUACUGUCCAGUGUGGCUGUGGCUGCUGCAUCCGUGGAAGUGCUCAAGGCCAGGUUGGAUGGGGCUUGGAGCAACCUGGGAUGGUGGAAGGUGUCCCUGCCCAUAGCAGGGUGGAACUGGAUGGUCUUCAGGGUCCCUCCCAACCCAAACCAUUCCGUGAUGAAAAAGAAGGUUACAAAUAGAGAUAGGUCUGUCAGAAACCCCCUCACUGGUUCCACCACUCACAGCACAAUUGCCAGUGUGUCUGCUCAGUCAGAAAAACAGCACUUUGUCUGGAGCCCAUAAAUGCAGAAAUUAAAUAACCAUUGAGAAAUUACCCCAAGGCUUACGGUGGACCAGCUCCAAGUCAUUAGUCCCACCCACAGUCCUCAUGUGAGGAUACAGAUUUGGGGUUUGAAGGAGCCCAUGGUGGAUGGAGGGUGUAGGAGCACAGGGAGCCCACAUCAGGGUGUGGGAUAAUGCCUCUCUCUCUUCAUACACUUUGUGAAUAACAACAUUAAAUUUUGGCCUUACUUUCCACAAAAUGCCUCUGCACUGAAAAUGGGAAUGUGAACUACAGAGUGGUAGCACGUGCAGAGAAGAUCUCACGUGGAUUUUGUGAGUACGAAAGGGGCAAGUGAAUUCUAAUUUAGAAGCCAGGAUGGAAGUCUUAAUGCCUGAACCUCAGAUUUAUGUGGAAAGAACUCUGGCUAUCAUCAAACCAGAUGUCAUUAAUAAAGAAGAAGAAAUAGAGGAUCUCAUUCUCCGGUCAGGAUUCCACAUCAUUCAGGCUGCAGAGACUUGGAAGGGAUUUGCAGUUGCCCUCCAAGCAGUUAUUUCCCUUGUUUUCAGCUUAAGAGCACUCUUUGGGACUGAUGAGCUGAGGAAUGGGCUCCACGGCAGUCUCAGCAUCUCCUCAGCAGAGAAGGAAAUUCGAUUCAUAUUUCCAGAAGCAAUCUUGGAGCCAGUUCCCACUGGCCAGAGGGCUCGGGAUUACCUGAACCUGUAUGUGAAGCCCACGCUGCUGGCAGGGCUCACUGCCCUGUGCAAAGAGAAGCCAGCAGACCCCAUGAUUUGGCUUGCUGACUGGCUGAUUGAACACAAUCCUAAUAAACCUAAGCUGCAAUAUCGCAUCUCUCAGAGACAGCAUUGGCAGUGAGAGCUUGGUGGAAGCCAUCUCACCCAUUCCAAUUUAUAGAUGUGUAUUGUCAUUUUUGGUGUGUCCUUUGACUGUAUAAGCAAUACUGUCUAAAGUAAAUGCAUUUGUCAUAACUGCUUGUGUCCUCAUGGGAUAAAUAACCCUACACUUAACCAGAUGCAGUGGUUCUAGUACCUUCUCUACUGACAAAGUGAAUGUAGAAUUACACAAUAAAUUUAUGCCAUUGGGUGGUAAGACAGUGUUGUCAGUGGGUGUGACUUACUGCUUUUGCCCACAUUUUUCUUAGUUUGGCAGUGUGGGAGAACAAAAUCAUUCACAGCAGUGUGGAUUCCCCAAUGAAAUCCACCUGGCCUGUGCUUUGCGAAGCCAAGGGUUGUGUUUCAGCAAUUUUUUAGCAUAAAUGCAGUUAUGAAGGGAGGUACUUGGAUAUAAUGUAGAAAACAAUUACUGGAGGCAUAUUAGCAACUUUGGAAUUUUAAUUGCUGAUUACAUCACCCAGCUAAGGUUGUCCUUGAAGAUGAUUCACUUAAGUCUGAUGUAUUUUGUCAGAAUAUAAUUCGAAGGACUUAUUUGAAGGUACAUUCAAUGCACCUUUCCCAUUUUGGUGCAAAAGGCUCAGGGACUAUGAAUAACGGGAUGUAUUUUAGUCAAGGACUAAGGUUGUCUUCCAACAUUUGUUUGCAAUAAAGGUGCUUAAUUGGAACAGCUCACCUUAAGAGUGUUUUCUGUGUUCUCCUGCUCCUAAACAUACACAAAUUUCUGUUUUCCUCAAACUUUUUGUAUGUUCUGUUGAAGAAUUUCACAAGAGUGCUCUUCCACAGGCAAUGGCUUAAUCCCGUGCUAUUGCCUUUUAUGAAGUAACUAAACUGUUUUUUGGGGAUGUGGGGCUUUUUAAUUUUCUUCAAAGAGCUGUACUUACGCUGUUAACUUCAAGCUUUGUGUCUUAUGGUUUGACUGGCUAUAAUGAAGAAAACAGUGUAAUUUUCAUAACUGAAAUAAGAGCAUGCUUGACGAAUACUAAACAAACAAGCAAUUUCAUAAUUUGUUUCAUGAAAAAACUUGCUUCCCCAAUUUGUGUAAUUAUGAGAAACAUAAGUCAUUUUUCUGUAACAUCAAACUUUGUUGAAGUGAAUUGUUUAUCCUCUCAGUGGAACAAGCCACUAUUGCCAGCCCAGAUAAUAAACAUUUAGAAACUGGCCCCUACAGUACCAAGACCUAAAAAUCUUGGGACUGCCAAGAUAAGGAAAAAAAAGAAAGCUCAAACCCUCAAAUAAUGAAGAAUAAAAGUAUGAGGUGGUUAGAAAUACAGUAAACGGAUCUGUUUUCAAGCAGUUUAUUCUGCCUAUAAUUAUUGUCCCCAUAUGUGUCUGAUUUCUCCAAUUACAGGAUGGUUGUGCUUUGUGGUUUUUUGUCAGCCAAAUAAAAAAAUGGAUUUUCUGAAGAUGCCAGAAACUAAAAUUCGGUGAAUUCACAAGGCAUUCCCCUGUAUUUUGUUAGUUACUAUGAUAUUUGUGUGCUUAUUUUGAUGUGCUACUGUUUGACAAUAAAUACAUCCUUAAUGUUC